AAAUACUCCCGACGUGCACCGAGGUGCGGGGAGUGUCCUGGGCUUCCAGCAUUCCCGGUUUGUUAGGCAAAACAGUAAUUAACAGCCCGGUGGGUCCCGAGCAGCAGCGGAGGCGGCUGUCCGCCCUGGCCAUGCUGCCAUGCCUCUCCCGGGGCUCAGGGACAGGCAUGUGAAGCUCCUGCUGCGCUCCUGCUGCUCGGAUCGCCCGGCCAGUGGAUCCUGGCCAGUACCUGGGCUGCUGUCUCAGACUGCUAACAACUCGAGCAUAAUCCUGGAGUUGAAGAAGUCCUAGAACUGCUUGAGGAAGUCCUGGUAGAUGUAGUGCUUGGGAUUUAAGAUUCAUCUCUUCUGAGUAAAUGAAGAAAGUGACUAUGAAGGCACAGCAUCUGCCUUCUGUUUUCAUCAAUGAGGAGAAGUUUGUAACCAGAGAGCAGCUCAGUUCUCUUCUGAAGAAUUAUAACUCUUACUAUUCAGAUCAAGAGAAUCUGCAACUGACAUACAAUCAGCAAGAAGGAAGCACCCCGUUCAUUGAAGGAAUCCUCUCGAUAUUCUGGGGCGUGCGGCAUCCCAUCCGAUUAAAGAUUCAGGAUGAGAAGCAGAUACCCUCUUUUGUAACCCUGAAGUCAACAGAGAAUGUGGAGGUUUUCCCUAGUAAAAGGGGAAUGACUCGCUGGGGAGAGUUUGAUGACCUCCAUCACAUUAGCGGGGAUACACUGAAAUCUACUGAGGAGCAGCCAGACCUCGAGCAAAGUUAUCCAUGCUAUGAAAGUCACACGCUCAGGGCCAGGAGGGAGCAGGAGCUCGACUGUGCCACCCUGCCCCGCACCAGCAGCGAUGCCAUGGCCGUGCGCAGGAGGACCAAGGUCCCCACGAUAACCAGGACGGAAGUGGAAACUCACAGGUUCUCUAUCAACGGCCACUUCUACAACCACGAGUGCGGCUGUUCUUGUUCCCAGACAUCGGUUUUCACUCCCGCUUUUGGGUCAGAAACCAAAAUAAGGAUCAACAGCCAGAUGAGGACCCGACAAGUGAUAGAACAGCUGCUUCGGAAGUUUAAGAUAGAAAACAGCCCCCAUGAAUUUGCACUUUACGUUAUCCAUGCAUCUGGAGAAAAGAAGCAGCUGAGGAGUAGAGAUGUCCCCUUGCUGCACAGGCUGCUGCAGGGGCCCUCUGAGAAGGUUGCCAAGUUCUUUCUCAUGGAUGGGGACGUGGAAGAGAUCAGCAGCGAUGUGGCUCAGUACAUUUCAUUUCACCUUCCCUUUCUGGAAUCCAUUCUGCACAGAAUAAAUGAAGAGGAGGAGCAGGAGAUUCAACAGACAAUUGCGAGGUACAUACGAGAGAAGAGGCUGAUCCAGCAGCACCUGCGCAGUCGAAGCGUUAAGAAAACAGAGACCACGGUGUGAUGGGAGCACCGGGAGCGCCCCAGGAACCCCUGGGCUGCUGAAGGGCAGUCCUGCUGCCCUCUGCGGCUGGGACUGAGCAGUGCUUCGGCCUCGGGACAAGUCUCUCCUCACCUUUAACCCCUGCAGGGCUGGGGUGCGGGCUGGAAGCAGCCACAGAGAUGCACUACAUCGCCCAAACCGCAGAUGCUGGAUCUGACUGGGAACUUGGGCAGAAACUGCCCUGAAAAGGCUUUAAAUCCUGCUGAUGUGUGGCCUGGCACCAGGAGGCUGGCGUAGAAAAAUACUGCAAUAACCAAUGUGCUGAUAGAAAAUAUGCAAACUAGGAAUAUGGUUAUCCCUCUGUUAAAGAAAUAUUGUGUUAUAUUAGCAGAAAGCUUUUCAGUAGAGCCAAGUGGCAGAGGAUAUUUAUGUAUUUAAGAUGGCAGGUAGAAUUUCCAUUUAAGUUAUAAAACAUCCAUGCCAGAUGCCUGAAAUCCACUGGCUUCAGGCUGGUGGAUGCUGAAAUUGCUUAAGCUUUGAGCUACUGUUAGGAAAACACAACUGGAAACCCUCCCACUUAGGAGCUGCUCAGCUCUGAGCUAUGACAGGGAAUUUAUUGCUGAAAUACCUCGUGAACUGCAAAGUGAGAACUGACUAAACGCUGUUGGGUCCUGAAAAGCAUCUCAGUGGUUUCUGUAGUUGGAAUAAGUGAUUGUGCUCCUUCCUGAGUGUUCUGUCUGACAGGGAAUGGAGAGGUGCUCAGUGAGAGGCUGCGUGUCACAGCCACGGGGGGCUGGGCCAGGUCCUUCCUGGCUGACUUGUGUUCAAUGGUAGAGCUCCAGGGACAGAGAUGUAAAUAAAGGAAAUCUGUGCACAGCU